CACACUCAAAUGAAUUCGAUUACUCGAUAUCCGAUAAGCCAUAUUUUAAGUGUUGGGAAACAAUCUUUCUGUACUCAUCACUAACAAGCACGUUGUUUUUUGUAAAUAAACAUACAUAGUUAAAAUAAUUAAGUAAAAUGGGAGCCUUGGCAGAGCUAGCUGGUGAUGAGAAAAAUGGAGAGGGCUCCCGCACUUUUGUCUUCAUGAACGAGGGCCAUACACUGGGAAAUGCUUUGAAGACCAUAAUUUCGCGCUACCCUGAGGUCGAUUUCUGUGGCUACACCAUCCCCCAUCCUACAGAACAGAAGCUCCACUUCCGCAUACAAUCCCACAGAGACCGGGCUGUCGACAUUCUAAAGCGCGGUCUGGAAGACCUGGAGGCGCUGUGCGACCACACAAUAGUCACGUUUGAGACGGAGAUGAAUAACUUUAAUGCCAUGAAGGUGGAAAAUACAUAAUAAUACUUAAACAA